CGUUCAACGCGAGAUUUCACCAGUUCACGUUCCAUCCGUCACCAAGCAGUCAUGGCGGACUACCGAGAGGCGCCCUUGGCCAGUCGGCCAAAAACACUGGACCCGAAUGAGUAUUUCAAUGUCUCGAAGGAGUACCGACGUGCCGAAGAGGGCAGGGCAGCAAUCCGAGCGAAACUGAAGGGGCAGUAUCAGACACAGCUCAACAACCCGCACAGACAAGCGCUCAUCGAAGACCCUGCCCUGACACGUUGGGUGCACGCACGCGCCAACCCCUACCUAUACUUCAAGCCCACAUUCAAGACAUCGCUCGUGGGUCUGCUGUUUGGAGUUGUGCCUCUCUUUGGCCUCUAUUACAUCUUCAAGUCAGACAGGGAUAGGAAGGAGGCGCAGAUCAAGGCUGGAACUCUAGAUCGCAAGUUCAGUCUGUCAUCGUGAGCUUGGAUGUACAAAAAUCUCCUUUAUGUCCUAGUGAUGCUAGUUCUUGUAAUUAUUAUUAUUCAAAUAAAAUGAUAUUGUCAGAAACA